AUGGCAUUUGAUCGAUUCAUUGCUAUUAGCUUUCCCCUUCGGUACCACAGUUAUUUAACAAAUGUUCGCACUUUUGUCCUUAUACAUAUUCUGUGGAUUGUUGCUUCUAGUUUUGUGGCUGUACUUCUUGCAGCUCUGCUUCCUCUCCCUCUUUGCUACUCAAAGCUGAAGUACACUUUCUUUUUUGUGAAAUUAUCCUCAAAUAUUGACAAAAGAAAAAUGGGCACCACUUGCUUGAGUCACUUAAUCGUAGUAAUGGGCUAUUACGGUCCAAUAUUUAUCAGCAGUGUCUUGACCAGGAUAGGCUUGGUAUUAACUCUUGAGGUUCGCCAUGGUUUAAUGGUCGGGUCCAUCCUCGGUCCAUGUCUUUUAAAUCCUUUGGUGUACUGUUUUCAGUCAAAAGAAAUCAAAUGUAAGAUCUUUCAGGUAUUCAAAAGAUCUCGGUAG